CAAAAAAACCCCUCAAAUCCAACAAGGAGACAAGGAGAUCUAAAAAAAAAAUCCAUCAAAUGCACGGCAGGCAGCGGCGAUCUGCGGCCUCGUCGCUGCGAUCGAAAGCAACAACAAAAACAACAAUCAUACCAAGAAGAAGAAGAAGAACAACAACAACAACAACAACAACAAGUCAGCAGGCAACCAAGGUAACAUUGUUGUUGUUGUUGCUAUGGAAUUUGGACAGCUGCUCAUGUUACGCGGAGUCCAGCCCGCAGACCCAGCAGCUGAUCUCGCAGCAGCAGCUCCAGGCCCCCAGAUUCACCACGCAUCCCUCCUCCUCCGGCUCGAUCGUGAGCGAGGGGAGCACUAAGAUCCUGCAGUGCCAUGCCCUGGGAUACCCGCAACCCAUGUACCGUUGGCUCAAGGACGGCGUGCCAGUGGGCGACUUCUCGUCCAGCCAGUUCUACCGCUUCCACAGUACGCGGCGCGAGGAUGCGGGCAGCUACCAGUGCAUCGCCAGGAACGAUGCCGGAUCCAUAUUGAGCGAGAAGAGCGAUGUUGUGGUGGCCUAUAUGGGCGUCUUUGAGAAUACCACCGAGGGACGGCUGACGGUGACCAGCGGCCAUCCGGCGGUCUUCGAUAUGCCGGCCAUAGACUCGGUGCCGACGCCCUCGGUGAUGUGGCAGUCGGAGGACGGGCCCCUCAACUACGACAUCAAGUACGCCUUCACCCAGGCCAACCAGCUGAUCAUCCUGAGCGCCGGCGAGGGCGACCGGCGGGGCUACCGCGCCCGGGCCACCAACACCCAGCUGGGCAAGGAGGAGAGCAGCGCCUAUGUCCAUCUGAACGUGAGCGGUGACCCGUUCGUGGAGGUGGCGCCCGAGAUCAUUGUACGGCCGCAGGACGUCAAGGUCAAACUGGGCACCGGCGUCGUCGAGCUGCAGUGCAUCGCCAAUGCCCGGCCCCUGCACGAGCUGGAGACUCUCUGGCUGAAGGACGGCCUGGCCGUGGAGACCGCCGGCGUCCGGCACACCCUCAACGACCCUUGGAACCGCACCCUGGCCCUCCUGCAGGCCAACAGCUCCCAUUCCGGAGAGUACACCUGCCAGGUGCGGCUGCGCAGCGGCGGCUAUCCGCCAGUGAGCGCCUCGGCCCGCCUACAGAUCCUCGAGCCGCCCGUCUUCUUCACGCCGAUGCGGGCGGAGACGUUCGGGGAGUUUGGCGGACAGGUGCAGCUGCCCUGCGACGUGGUGGGCGAGCCCACGCCCCAGGUCCGGUGGUUCCGGAACGCAGAGUCGGUGGACGCCCACAUCGAAAGCGGAAGAUAUGCACUGAGCACGGACAACACCCUGGUGAUCAAGAAGCUGGUCCUGGACGACGCCGCCAUGUUCCAGUGCCUGGCGAGCAACGAGGCCGGCGAGAACUCGGCCAGCACCUGGCUGCGCGUGAAAACAGACACCGCCAAGAAACGCGUCAAACGCCUGGCCCAGCCCCGUAUCCUCAGGGUAAGAGCUUCGCAUGCUGGCUUGGGAUCGGGAUCGGGAUCGGGAGCGGAAAGGGGCUCGGGCUCAGGAUCGGGAACUGGUACCAUUGGUAAACGCAAGGACUUCCGCUUUGCCUCGGCCCCCGUGCUGGAGCAGCCGCCGCAGAAUGUGACCGCCCUGGACGGUAAGGACGCAACGAUAUCUUGCCGGGCCGUGGGAUCCCCCAAUCCGAACAUCACCUGGAUAUACAACGAAACCCAACUGGUGGAGAUCUCCAGCCGGGUGCAGAUACUCGAAUCCGGUGACCUGCUCAUCUCGAACAUCCGCCCCACCGACGCCGGGCUGUACAUCUGUGUGCGGGCCAACGAGGCGGGCAGCGUCAAGGGCGAGGCCUUCCUGAGUGUACUGGUGCGGACACAAAUCAUCCAGCCGCCGGUGGACACAACGGUGCUACUAGGACUCACCGCCACGCUGCAGUGCAAGGUGUCGAGCGACCCCAGUGUCCCGUACAAUAUCGACUGGUACCGCGAGGGUCAGGCGGCGCCCAUCAGCAACUCCCAGCGGGUCGGGGUGCAGGCCGACGGCCAGCUGGAGAUCCAGGCGGUGCGAGCCAGCGAUGUGGGCAGCUACGCCUGCGUGGUGACCUCCCCCGGCGGUAACGAGACCCGGGCCGCCCGACUGAGCGUCAUCGAGCUGCCGUUCCCGCCCAGCAACGUGAAGGUGGAACGCCUGCCGGAGCCACUCCAACGCAGCAUCAACGUGUCCUGGACACCCGGCUUCGAUGGCAACAGUCCCAUAUCCCAAUUUAUUAUCCAGCGACGUGAGGUCUCCGAAUUGGGUCCAGUGCCAGAUCCACUCCUCAACUGGAUCACCGAGCUGAGCAACGUCUCCGCCGAACAGCGAUGGAUCCUCCUGGAGAACCUCAAGGCGGCCACCGUCUACCAGUUUCGGGUCAGCGCCGUGAACCGAGUCGGUGAGGGUUCGCCCUCGGAGCCCAGCAACGUCGUCGAACUGCCCCAGGAGGCUCCCUCGGGACCGCCCGUGGGAUUCGUUGGCUCCGCCCGGUCCAUGUCGGAGAUCAUCACCCAGUGGCAGCCGCCUUUGGAGGAGCACCGCAACGGCCAGAUCCUGGGCUACAUCCUGCGCUACCGACUCUUUGGGUACAAUAAUGUGCCGUGGUCCUACCAGAACAUCACCAACGAGGCGCAGCGCAACUUCCUCAUCCAGGAGCUGAUCACCUGGAAGGACUACAUCGUCCAGAUCGCCGCCUACAACAAUAUGGGCGUGGGCGUCUACACCGAGGGCUCCAAGAUCAAGACCAAGGAGGGCGUACCCGAGGCCCCGCCCACGAAGGUGCGGGUCCAGGCGCUCAACUCCACGGCGGCCAGGGUAAGCUGGAUUCCGCCCAAUCCGCAGCAGAUCAACGGCAUCAACCAGGGGUACAAGAUCCAGGCCUGGCAGCGUCGGGACAUCGACGGCGAGUGGCGGGACUUUGAGAAGCGAAUGAUGACGGUGCCGCCCAGCCUGAUAGACCCGCUGGCGGAGCAGACCGCCGUGCUGGGCGGCCUGGAGAAGUUCGCCGAGUACAAUGUCAGUGUGCUCUGCUUCACGGAUCCCGGCGACGGCGUGGCCAGCCAGCAGGUGCCGGUAAAGACCCUGGACGAUGUACCGGACGAGGUGACGGCCCUGCACUUCGACGAUGUGUCGGACCGGUCGGUGAAGGUGCUGUGGGCACCGCCACGCUUCUCCAACGGCAUCCUCACGGGCUACACGGUGCGCUACCAGGUGAAGGACCGCCCGGAUACGAUGAAGGCGGUCAACCUGACGGCUGAGGACACGGAGCUGACGGUGGAGCAGCUGCAGGCCACGACCCACUACUGGUUCGAGAUCUGCGCCUGGACGCGGGUGGGCAGCGGCGCACCCAAAUCGGCCACCAUUCAGUCCGGGGUGGAGCCCGUCCUGCCCCACGCCCCGACCAACCUGGCCCUCUCCAACAUCGAGGCCUUCUCGGUGGUGCUCCAGUUCACGCCCGGCUUCGACGGCAACUCCAGCAUCACCAAGUGGAAGGUGGAGGGCCAGACGGCGCGCAACAUGACCUGGUUCACCAUCUGCGAGAUCAACGACCCCGACGCGGAGACCCUCACGGUCACCGGCCUGAUGCCGUUCACCCAGUACCGCCUGCGCCUCAGCGCCACCAACGUGGUGGGCAGCUCACGGCCCUCGGACGCCACCAAGGACUUCCAGACCAUCCAGGCCAGGCCCAAGCAUGCUCCCUUCAACGUCACGGUCCGGGCGAUGAGUGCCCAGCAGCUGCGGGUGCGGUGGAUUCCCCUCCAGCAGACGGAGUGGUACGGCAACCCGCGCGGCUACAACAUCUCCUACAAGCCACUGGAGAAGACACCCGGCGCCGUUCGGGGCGUGCCCCGUUCGGUGGUGAUCGAGGACCACACGGCCAACUCGCACGUCCUGGAGGGCCUCGAGGAGUGGACCGUGUACGAGGUGCGGAUGAACGCCUGCAACGAUGUGGGCUGCUCCCGGGAGAGCGGCACUGCCGUGGAAAGGACUCGCGAGGCGACGCCCAGCUACGGGCCCCUGGACGUGCAGGCGAACGCCACCUCUUCCACCACGGUGGUGGUGCGCUGGGGCGAGGUGCCCAAGCAGCACCGCAACGGCCAGAUCGACGGCUAUAAGGUGUUCUAUGCCGCCGCGGACCGCGCCGGCCAGCCGGUGCUCCAUAAGACCAUCCCCAGCAACUCGACCUUCACCACCACGCUGACGGAGCUGAAGAAGUUCGUCGUCUACCACGUCCAGGUGCUGGCCUACACGCGCCUGGGCAACGGCGCCCUCAGCGCCCCGCCCAUCCGGGUGCAGACCUUCGAGGACACCCCCGGCGUUCCGUCGAACGUCAGCUUCCCGGACGUCACCCUGACCAUGGCGCGCAUUAUCUGGGACGACCCGAUAGACCCCAACGGCGAGAUCCAGGCCUACCAGGUCACCUACACCCUGAACGGCAGCGCCAACCUCAACUACAGCCGCGAGUUCCCGCCCUCGGACCGCACCUUCCGGGCCACCCAGCUGCUGCCGGAGAAGUACUACAGCUUCAGCGUGACGGCCCAGACCCGGCUCGGCUGGGGCAAGACAGCCACCGCCCUCGUGUACACCACCAACAACCGGGAGCGACCCCAGGCGCCAUCCGUGCCUCAGGUGUCGCGCAGCCAGAUCCAGGCCCACCAGAUCACCUUCAGCUGGACGCCAGGGCGGGACGGGUUCGCCCCGCUCCGCUACUACACGGUGGAGAUGCGCGAGAACGAGGGCCGCUGGCAGCCGCUGCCCGAGCGCGUCGACCCCCUGCUGAGCUCCUACACGGCCCUCGGCCUGCGCCCCCACACCACCUACCAGUUCCGCAUCCAGGCCACCAACGACCUGGGACCCUCGGCCUUCAGUCGCGAGAGCGUGGUGGUGCGGACCCUGCCGGCGGCACCCGCCGUCGGAGUGGGCGGUCUGAAGGUGGUGCCCAUCACCACCACCUCGGUGCGGGUGCAGUGGAGCGCCCUGGAGACGGGCAUGUGGAACGGUGAUGCUGCCACCGGUGGCUACCGGAUCCUCUACCAGCAGCUCUCCGACUUUCCCACCGCCCUGCAGUCCACCCCCAAGACGGACGUGCUGGGCAUCAACGUGAACAGCGUGGUGCUCGCCGACCUCCAGCAGGACCGCAACUACGAGAUCGUGGUGCUGCCCUUCAACUCCCAGGGCCCCGGUCCGGCCACUCCGCCGGCGGCGGUUUACGUGGGCGAGGCAGUGCCCACCGGAGAGCCCCGCGCCGUGGACGCCGCACCCAUUUCCAGCACCGAGGUGCGCCUGCUGUGGAAGCCCCCGAAGCAGAGCAUGCAGAACGGCGACAUCCUGGGCUACAAGAUCUUCUACCUGGUGACCUACUCGCCGCAGGCCCUGGAGCCGGGCCGCAAGUGGGAGGAGGAGAUCGAGGUGGUCUCCGCCACGGCCACCUCGCACAGCCUGGUCUUCCUGGACAAGUUCACCGAGUACCGCAUCCAGCUGCUGGCCUUCAAUCCCGCCGGCGACGGUCCCCGCUCCGCCCCCAUCACGGUGAAGACCCUGCCCGGUGUGCCGAGUGCGCCCCUGAACCUCCGGUUCGCGGACAUUACGAUGCAGAGUCUGGAGGUGACCUGGGACCCGCCCAAGUUCCUCAACGGCGAGAUCCUGGGCUACCUGGUGACCUACGAGACCACGGAGGAGAACGAGAAAUUCAGCAAGCAGGUGAAGCAAAAGGUGUCCAACACCACGCUCCGGGUGCAGAACCUCGAGGAGGAGGUCACCUACACCUUCACGGUGCGCGCCCAGACCACGGUGGACUACGGGCCGGGGGUAAGUGAGAACGUGACCACCGGACCCCAGGACGGCUCUCCGGUGGCACCGCGGGACCUCAUCCUAACCAAGACGCUGUCCAGCGUGGAGAUGCACUGGAUCAACGGGCCCUCGGGCCGGGGCCCCAUCCUGGGCUACCUGAUCGAGGCCAAGAAGCGAGACGACUCUCGAUGGACCAAGAUCGAGCAAACCAAGAAGGGAAUGAUGCAGGACUUCACCGUCAGCUACCACAUCCUGAUGCCCUCGACGGCCUACACCUUCCGGGUGAUCGCCUACAACCGGUACGGCAUCUCCUUCCCCGUCUACUCCAAGGACUCGAUACUGACGCCCUCAAAGCUGCAUUUGGAGUAUGGAUACCUGCAGCAUAAGCCCUUCUAUCGGCAGACCUGGUUCAUGGUCUCCCUGGCGGCCACUUCCAUCGUGAUCAUCGUAAUGGUGAUCGCGGUGCUGUGUGUCAAGAGCAAGAGCUACAAGUACAAGCAGGAGGCCCAGAAGACGCUGGAGGAGUCGAUGGCCAUGUCGAUUGACGAGCGCCAGGAACUGGCUUUGGAGCUGUACCGCUCCCGGCACGGCGUCGGCACCGGAACCCUCAACAGCGUGGGCACCUUGAGGAGCGGCACUCUGGGCACCCUGGGCCGGAAGUCCACCCACCGGCCGCCGCCCAACGUCCAGCUGGGCAAGAGCCCGCCGCGCCCGUCGCCCGCCUCCGUGGCCUACCACAGCGACGAGGAGAGCCUGAAGUGCUACGACGAGAAUCCCGACGACAGCAGCGUGACGGAGAAGCCCUCGGAGGUCAGCAGCUCGGAGGCGUCCCAGCACUCGGAGAGCGAGAACGAGAGCGUCCGCAGCGAUCCCCACUCGUUCGUCAACCACUACGCCAAUGUAAACGACUCCCUGCGCCAGUCGUGGAAGAAGACGAAGCCGGUGCGAAACUACUCCAGCUACACCGACUCGGAGCCGGAGGGCAGCGCUGUGAUGAGUCUCAAUGGUGGCCAGAUCAUCGUCAAUAACAUGGCCCGGUCGAGGGCGCCGCUGCCCGGCUUCUCCUCGUUUGUCUGACAAUCAACCGAGUUCUAAGAUCUAAGCGCCGGUAGCAGCGGCACCGUCAUCCGGGAGACCUUUGUCUAGGACGAGGACGAGGACGAGGACGCGGACGUGGACUUGAACCUGGAGUUGGAGAGGAGGAGCUGAGGCGGCUGAGACAGAAGGGAGGAAUGACUGGAACCCGAGAGCACCGGAGGACACACUCACAUAUCAGACGCGGGUCAGUCUCAGCCCCCCCAGCUUGGCGCCUCCGCCGAUCCGCUGCUACAUGGAUACACUACACCCCCACUGGAGAUAUCUGGACUGGAGACUGGAGACAGGAGACAUUCGUUUAGUUUAGCCCCCGAAUAUGCGUUAGUUUAGGUUCUAGUUUUACGAGAGAUCUGAGAUUGGCGGCAUUUAGUUGGUGUUACCUAUCCCCCAGCUCGACUCUGCUCCUAGUUAGGGCUUAGGUUUUUUUUUUUUUUUUAAAUCGUGUUUUAGUACUAGAUUGUGUAUUUAUUUUAUGCAUGUGUGUGCGCCCGUGUGCAUGGUUUUUUUAGGUUUGUGUUUGUGUGUUGCGCCUUGGCAGCUGUUAUCGUAGUUAUCGACCUAUCGAUUCUAUCGAUUUAUGGUAGUCCAAGGCGCUGAGUGAAUGAUCGGCGUGAAUCCGGCGCAAUCUCAUUAUGUUUAAACUUUCAAGAGUCGGAGGAGCUAGGAGGACGUUUGGACGAGGACAAGGAGG